ACGCAGGCAGCCCACAGGGACAUUUGCAACUCCUUACGAAGGGCACCACAAGCUACAAUCCGUAUCCUACGACCUCGCAAAGUCGCCCGCACCUCCAAUGUCACUUGUUCCUGACGCCAUCUGGGCCGCAUCGCCCACCACCACGCGCGGACAGCCGACACCGCUCUCCUCAGACCCCAAAGGCGAGCGGAUAGCGUACGCGGCUGGCAAGUCCAUCUUCCUGCGGUCCAUCGACGACCCCGCCGUCAGUAAACAGUACACCCAACACACGGCCCAGACAACGGUCGCGCGUUUUGCGCCCUCCGGCUUCUAUGUUGCCAGUGGAGACGCCUCGGGAACCGUCCGUGUGUGGGACUGCGUGGGCGAGGGAGCUACAAAGGGCGAAUACCACAUCAUUGCAGGACGCAUCAACGACCUAGCAUGGGACGGUGACUCGCAGCGCAUCAUCGCCGUGGGCGACGGCAAGGAGCGCUUUGGGCACUGCAUCACGGCCGACAGCGGCAACAGCGUGGGCGAGAUAUCAGGACACUCGUCGCAAAUCAACACCGUCUCCAUCCGCCAGCAACGGCCGCUCCGCGCUGCCACCGGCUCCGACGACACGAGCCUCGUCUUCUACCAUGGCGCCCCGUUCAAGUUCAACACUAGCCUCAGAGGGCAGCACAACCGCUUCGUUUUCGGCACCGCCUUCUCCCCCGAUGGCUCCGUCUUCGCUAGUGUAGGUGCAGACAAGCGCAUCUGGUUAUACGACGGCAAGACGGGAGAGGCAAAGGGCCAGAUUGGCGAGGGCGUCCACACUGGCAGCAUCUUCGGCAUCUCCUGGGCAAAAGACUCGAAGCGCUUCGUAACGGCCAGUGCGGACCAGACCGUCCGCAUAUGGGACCCGGAAGCCGGCAAGGCCAUCCAGACGUGGAGGAUGGGCGACGAGGGCGUCCCCAGCAUCCCUGACCAGCAAGUGGGUGUCGUCUGGCCCACGGGCCGCAGUGAUGGGCUUAUUGUCAGUGUUGAUCUGGAAGGCAAUCUCAACUAUCUUGUCGACGGCAAUCCCAAGCCCACGCGUGUGGUCCGUGGCCACCAAAAGAAUAUCACUGCCGCUGCCUUGUCAGGAUCUACCUUUGUGACUGGCAGUUACGAUGGCCGGAUACUGGCGUGGGACACCAACACAGGCAUUGCAGAGAAGGUCGACGGCGAAAGCCAUUCCAACUACGUGGCAGGCCUGGUUCCCUCCGACUCCAAGAGUGAGGCCGGCGUACUCAGUGUCGGUUGGGAUGACACUCUGCGUUCUAUUUCGGUUCAAAACAAAAUCUUUACCGGCGCUGCGAAUGAGCUCAAGUUUCAGCCCAAGGGUGUGGCAGCGGCAUCCGAUGUAGUUCUUGUGCCCUCUUCCGAUGCCAUCAUAGUGUACAAGGACGGCAACAAGGUGAGCUCAUUGUCCGUCAAAUAUUCUCCGACAUCCAUAGCGGCGCAUGGCUCCAAUGUCGCUGUGGGCGGCGAUGAUAAAUUGGUCCACAUCUACACGCUUUCUGGCACGGAGCUCAAAGAUACUGGUAUCGAGCUCCGUCGCGCCACAGCACCGAUAUCAGCUCUUGCCUUUUCUGCCUCGGGCGACAAGAUUGCCGCAGGUGCAAACAACGGCAAGAUUUACGCUUUCAAUACUUCAGGUGAUUGGAAAAUUAUCACCGAUAGGUGGUCUGCACACACUGCACGCAUCACUGCGCUCGCAUGGGAUGCCGACGCGAAGCUCGUAGCGAGCGGCUCACUUGACACGAACGUCAUGGUGUGGAGCGUCGAGGACCCUGGUAAACGGAUCAAGGCUAUGAAUGCACACAAAGAUGGUGUCACUGGUGUUGCGUGGGAGCCAUCAGGCAAGGUACUUUCCGCGGGUGGGGAUUCUAGCAUCAAGGCGUGGAAGCUGACCGGUUGAACGGGCGGAACAGUCCGACAGUCACUGUCCUGGGAACCUAGUCCGCAGAACUGGUGAAUAUGCAGUGCAGAUAGCUACAGGGUGGGUAAGCGGUGUGCGGGGCUACGUGAAAGGUGAGGCGGGCGAAAUCCACCCAC